AAAAAAUGUCUACCAAAUUGGUACAAAACUACGAAGACAAAGAAGAGAUUAAGGAUGAAGAUAUCAAGGUCAGCACUCCUUUAGCUGCUGGCAGUAAGCAGAUCCUUAAGGAAAACUCCAUGAUGCUUGAUUUCACAGACUAUAUGUCAUGCACAUCUGGUGAUGACAGUGAUAGCGUCAAGGACUUCCGCUCGAGAUCGUAUACUCCUACAAAAUUAUUUAAACGGAGGAUUCAGUCGAAAAUGCCAGCCUCACAGUUGAUGAAAAGACUAGCAGAGAAGCAGAGAAAGGCUCAAGAGAAAAGAGUCCAGAUCCUCAGAGAGAAAGAAGAGAAUUUUAGAAAGGCUAGAGAGAAGGAGAAAUAAAUUAAAGCAAAAAUUAGAAGAAGAAGCUGCCCAAAAACUUACUAAAUACAACGAGAAGUUGGAGAAAGCCGAAAUCCGCAAAGCCCAGUUUCUUGAUAAUAUAGUUGACAAGGCAAAGCAAGAAGGCGAGAAACUUGAUGAAAAUGCUUUUAUUCUCAGCCUCACCCUGCAAGGCAAGAAGAUUGAUCUAGAGGACAAAAUUCAAAUAAACAGCGAGCGGCGCCAAAAAGUACUUGAUGACAUGCUCAAUAGGACAGUUGAGUCUCGUGAAAGAAGACAUGAAGCUUUCAACAAAUAAAAGAGAGAUUCUGAGAGAGCAAAGUCGUGAUAAAUUCUUAGCCAAAACUGCCAGAAUUGAAAGCGCUCGUAAAAGGAAGAACCAAGAAGUCGAGAAAAUCAAGAAUAACGCUCGUGCUUGGAUCAAGAAAGCAAUUGCAACCAGGAAUCGAAAGAAGAAUGUUGACAAUAAAAUCAACAGACUCAUCUCUAUGAUCUCCAAUGUCAAUGAAGAGUGGGAGAAAUGACCGGCCUUCAAGAAAGAAAAGAAUGAAAUUUUUGAAAAGAAGAAAAUCAAACUGAAAAGUCAAGCAAAGGUUCUUGAUAAAAUCAUGAAAUAUGCAAAAGAGGAUAAUGUAAAUCUCACCCAAAAGGAGACAGAAGCUCUUCUUGAUGACUUCUCCUCUGAUGAUGAAGAAGAUAUUCUGUAUAAAUCAGCAAUAGAUCAAGACUUAAAAGCUCAUUCGGAUUCUGAGCUUGAUAAUGAUAAUAUUGCCUUUUAUUUCAAGAAUAGCUACCUGGACAACCGGGAGAAUGUAAAGGAUAACUCAGGAUACAUUGAUCGCUUUUUGAUUCACUCUUCUACUUCUGUAGAUACAGAGCAGAAACCAUCAAUAAUGAAAGCACUUAGUGAGAGUCCUAAGAAUGGGAAUGUUGAGGAGCUUAAAGAGCCUAUCAGCACAGUCGGACUGAGCCAGGACAUGCUUCUGAAACUUGACCAACAGACUAAAAAGCAAAACAAUGGGAAUGAAAUUCCCGGUCAUGGUCCGAUGAUUGGGUAUUACGCAACGCCUAAUAUUGUGACACCUGUAUCCAAUACUAAAACUGUCAAACCAAAGAAGCCAACAAAGCUAGUGCCUAGUAAGAAAUACCUUGCUGAAAUGAAGCCUAUCAUCAUCCUAUUGAAGUACUUAGAUAAGGAAGGUAAGAGCCUCUUUGUCAGUGCUCAAGUUACCCUCUCACAUGAUAUUGGAGCAAUGAAGGAAGAAGUGAAAACACCGAGUACAAAAUCAAAGAUGUCUAAAAUUCUAGAAAAUUGCUCAGAUUUUGGCUCAACAAAGAACGCCAUUGGAAAGGCAGCCACUCCAAUCAGAAAGGAGAGGACUAUCUCUGCUGAUAGCACCGACUGCCACACAAAAGAUGCAUCUGAGGUUAAAGAGCCUCUAAACUCGAAGGAAAAUAUUGAUACUAAAAAUACUACCCAGAUAAAACCAAAAUCUUCAUUACGCAAAAGUCAUGAGAUAGUCAAUAUCCCAUCUCAAGAAGAAAGGAAAGAGCAUGAGAUCAAUUUCGAGAGAAUAAUGAGCAUAAUAUUUGAAGAAGAUAGACACCUUUUUAGGAAAACACAGGCUAAUAAAAUCAUAAAAAUCGAUCUUCCUGACUUCAAUCUUGCUGAUUUCUUGGAGAACAAUAGCAUCCAACUCAGGGGGUGAAGGAUCUGAGAAUGUACCUAUGAAGGACCUCCUAGCACUCAUUUUGCCUCUAAGACACACAAGAAAAUGAAGGAGGAGCUUGGAUUGAAAGACCAGGAAGAUCUUCCCCUUUCACCAAUUAUUCUACAGUCUAACCCAGGAUCAAUCGAAGAAUACCUUCAAAAAAUUCGUGAAAAUGCAAUGAAGCAGAAGUACAAAAAGCUCAAGCAACAAAUGCUAAACAAAGGAGUUCACCAUGACGUUGCCUCCAGCGUUGGAAAAGACAUUACUACUGCAUCAAAUAAGAAGAAAAUGCAGAUUCUAUCAAUAGAAUUGGAAAACAAAGUCACUCCUACAAUUACAGAGUAUACCUCUCUAGAACUAAAGCUCAACAAUCUGAUCUCAAUUGUUGCUAGAAAGAGACAAGAAGAGCUACAUCUUCUCAGAAAAUUGAAGAUCAUUCCUUGGGUAAUUGAGAUUCUGAAGAAAAUUUCAGUUUGCCCUCGAAAUGAAAUCAAAGAUUUAGUGAGAGCAAUAGAAUUAGCCAUAAAAAUACUACAAAUCUUUGUGACUACCAGAGAGAACAGGGAUUAUAUGCUUAGCACAAAUCGAGUCAUUGUGCUUUGUGACUUACUCAUAUGGUCACUGAAUAAGCCAAUGCACUUGUUUUAUGGGUCUACUUAUGUGCCUUCUCUAUUUGAAGUUAUCACUACUUGUCUCAAGCACAAAGCAGCUUAUGCACAUCAACAAAUGAAAGCUCUUUUGUUAGAAUAUGUCCUGUGCUCACCAAUUCCAAAGAAGAUGAAAAUGAAAUUUGAGUCUGCUACAGGACCACUUCAACUAACUGGAAAGCUUAGUCUGAUUCCAAAUAUUAUUUGCAAAGGACUCUCAUUCAUUGAGGUCAUCACUAGCAUUGUUGGAAUGGAUUCUAGAUAUCGUCCAGUAUACGAUAAAUCUCAGACAAUUGGUGAUAGCAUGUACUUUGUAAUUCAAAAGACUAGGUUAAUGCAAGUUAUCCCGCUUAUGAUGGAUGUUUUAUUUGAUAAAGCACAACAUCCUAAAGAAAUGCUGCCAAAAAGCAUUCUAAAUCUCACAUUUUUAUCAUUGAAAUUGAUCAACAAUAUGUUUAGGAUAAAUUUAGAGCUAUGUCAGAGAAUUUUAGCAGAUCAAAUUUUGCAAGACCAGUUCUACUAUUGACUCAACUACAUUGUAAAAUAUUGCUAUCUCUUCGAAGACCAAGAUGAAAGCAAGGAUAUUCUGUAUGAAACGCUACUUAUGAUCGGAUAUUACACUCUUAUGAACCCAAAGGGGCAAGAGAAGGUGCGUUCUGGUGAACAUUCUGUUCUCCUAAAAUUGUGACAACUUGACAUUUCCUUCUUUAUGGACAAGCAGAAGAAGGAUAUCUUGUUCCCUACACUUAUAUGUCUCUCUUACAAAGACUCGAUCAAUCUCCAAAUUAUUGACAACGAAAUGGACAAGGAUUAUCUGAAGAAGUACAUAAAAACAACAAAGAAGGAAGAGUUGUAUAAUAUCCCUGAAGAUGACCUAGAGCAGAGAAGUUUGGAUAGCUCAAGCAUAUGCAGUAUAGGUCAGAGGAGUAGCCACUCGAUCUCCUCUACUAAUAGCUCGACUACUUCCAUUACUACUAAUCUGAAGAUGGAGCAUUGCCCUUUCAUACCUUUCUUCAUGAGGUUCCCAAAGAGCAUGCUGGAUGAUGCACUGAAAUUCUAUUCAGAUUAAAUCUUUGGGAAAGUAUUCAUAGUCUAUAUAUUUUAUAGUAAAUAUUCA